GGAUUAGAAUAUAAAUUUAGAGAGUAGUGGCAUAGGGAAAUGGAGAAAAAGAAUUACUUUGUUUACUGUUGUUUUUGUCGUUGUUGUUGUUGUUGUUCAUCUCGACAAUUAAGGAAAAGUUACGUUAACAAUAUUAAGUAAAAACUAUGCGAAUGUGAUGCUUUGUAAAGAAAAGUUUAAAGGAAUUCCGCCUACAAAAGACGAAGAUACUGGCAGUGGUGUUAUAAAAAUGGCAAAACAGGAACCAAUUUCCCCUAUUUCGGAUGAGGAACCGCCCGCGUUCAGCUUAGCUACACUGGGCUUGCAGCGCGUAGGGACAAUUCCGCCACCGAAACCUCAACCCCAACAACCUAUACAAAUACUAAACGCUCGCGGCAUGCCAGCCAGAAUUCGAAAGCGAAAUAGAUUUUUCUUUGACGAUAACAUCAUCAACGACGACAAACCGUUGCGCAUGAGUCUAUCGCCUCGCAAAGCAUCAUCAACGCUUAAAGUAAGUUCUCCCAAUAAGUCGCCGACAAAAAUUUUGAAAAAGCGCAAAGGCGUAGUAUCCCGUUAUAUGCGUUGUGAUGAUAAAAUCUCUCAACAUAAACACAGCAAACAACAGGAUCCGAUGAUCGAUUCUCCUGUUCAAAAUAAAUGCAAUAGUGGCGGCAGCUCUUUAAAUAAUACGCCGAAAUCGGAGGCGAAAAAUAAUGCAGUAACUCCGGGAAGCUCCUCUGCCAGUUCUUUGGUUUUACCAACAGACAAAAAGAUUGGCCAACGUAUCGGUAUGCGAUUGCGUAACUUGUUAAAACUUCCAAAGGCCCAUAAGUGGGUGAUAUUCGAAUGGUUCUAUUCAUUCGUUGACAAACCACUUUUUGAGGGUGAAAAUGAAUUUCAGGUGUACCUAUCUGAAUCAUUUCCCGGUUUGCGCACUCGACAGUUAACACGAGCCGAAUGGCAGAACAUUCGUUCUCUUAUGGGAAAGCCACGCCGCUGCUCUCAAGCGUUUUUUGAUGAAGAGCGACGUGAAUUGGAAAAGAAACGCCAAAAGAUGCGUUAUAUGCAAACACGGCGUUCUGGCGAAAUUAAGGAUUUAGAUUUUCUUCGGGAUUUACCUGAAAAAAUCCCACUACCUUUGCCGGUCGGCACUAAAGUUACAGCAAGAUUGCGUGAGCCGCAAGAUGGUAUUUUCAGUGGCUCUGUAGAUGCAUUCGAUUCGCUAUCGUCCAUGUAUAGGGUCACAUUUGAUCGUAACGGAUUAGGUACUCAUUCAAUACCCGAUUUUGAAAUUGUAUCGGAAAAUUUCCACGAAAUGUUGACAAUACAAAGCAUCACUAAAGAUUUUCGGCCUAGUUUGAUGAGUAUUUACAAUGGUAGUAACAAUGUUAGUUCUUUGAGUCCGGGGUCAACUAUGCGUGGAGGCAUGCGGAACGUUCGCUCUGCUCUUAAUAUGAAUCUUAACAAAAGUGAUCCUCUGUUGGGUCAAGAAGUUAUUGAAAGUCCAUUUAAAAAUCCUGUACUGGGACGAGAAAACCUAAAUGGAUAUCCGCCUAAGCUUUUGGAAACUCUGGUGCGAUUAAAACGUGCUCUGACUAUCAAACGCUCCAAACUGCAUCGUUUAAGCGACAUGAAUAAUGAAGCUGAACUGAAGGCCUCACAACAACUAGUUACAUCGCAUAACAAUACAAACUCAUCUUCGUCCGAUGACUCACAGAACGUUGCCUCAGAAGCCGUACCGUUAAGCGAAGAAUUUCAGCGACGUUACGCGUCGAUAGUUAUAUCUAUGGAAAAGAUGAACCUUGACAUACAAGACUAUUUGAACGAUGUUCAAGCAUAUGCCAACGAUUUGACACGUGACCCGCAACUUCAGGCUAUGCUAACGCCAUCAUAUUUACGUGAAAAGUGUCGAGAAGCCGCGGAAGAUGCUGUGCAACGUAAUAAUCAAGGAUUACUAAAAAACAGAAAUGUUUUAAAUCUUAUUAAGAACUUGGCAACGGUCCUUUUAGUUGCCUCACACUUGAGCAACGAUAACUCCACACAAGUAUCUAAAGUAUUGGAGGGAUGUAUCGAAGAAGUGCGCUCUGACCUGCAUGGUGACAAUGUGGAGACAUUUCAGAAGCAUGUCCAAAUACACUUGCAUCAUAUCCGUUUAGGUAUCGGACAAAGUAUUAUGGCCACGACUAGCAAUAAUAGUAAUAGCAACAACACGAGUAAUACUGAUGGGAACGUUUUAAACACCAACAAUGCUAGAUAAAAAAAACGUAAAUUUAUUAAUUUUUGACUUUGCCUUUACUUUAGU